AUGACGACGUUAACCGAAUCACUCUCGCCUCUACCAGCAGAGACUCGAAACAUUCUAGUGGCCUUGACCACGGCUGGCUCUAUUUCUCUCGUGUCGACAGGCAUACUACUCAUUCACAUCACAUGGAGUCUUGUUUGCUGGAAGAUCAGGGACAUCCGGUAUCAGAGACAACAGCUUGAGCAGCCCGUCGAAGCCCCCGGCCCAAUUCAGACGCCCAUCGACUUGAGCCUGGGGCUGUCUGAGAACCACUACUACCAGACCAAAGUGGUGAGGAAGGACGCAGAUCUCAGCAUCGAACCAUCGUCGUCCUCGUCGACCCAGCAGGAUUUGGAGACUCUGGGCACAACGCUGAGCGCCCGAGGGGAAGGAGACCAAGCACAGCCUGCGCCCUCGACACAUCACGAGAAGCCUCCAAACCCACUGCUGCUGCUCAUCUUCAACCUCCUCAUCGCCGACACCACAUUAUCAACUGCAUACAUCCAUAAUGUCUACUGGCUCAAGAUCGACGGGAUCCUCGUGCCGUCGUGGAACUGCAGCACGCAAGGAUGGUUUGUGAGCUUUGGGUGUCUCACUACCAGCGGCUUUCUCUUCACCAUAUCUAUGUUCAGUUAUCUGGGCAUCAUCCGAGGGUACAAGGCGACCUCGCGAGACGUCAUGUUGGCGUGCUGCGUCGUUUGGGUCUGUUCGCUUCUGCUCGCCAGCAUCGGGUCGAUGUACUACCAGAGCCUCGAUUUCUACGGAAGAGACACUGCCUGGUGCUGGAUCAGCAAGCAUCGAAGGACCUGGCGACUCUCGGUCUAUCUCUGGGGGUUCGGAGCCAUGUUCGCGACAUUCGGCAUUUAUUGCUUCAUCUUCUUCAGCCUCAGACGCCAAGGCCGCUCCUCUCGCCUGAUGCCCAGGCGCUCCAACAGCCCCAGCCCAGACAGCUCGACGACGACGACAAGAGAGGAGGGCGAGGCCAACGACCACAGCUGCAGAACCGGCACGGCGCUUCGACCAUCAGGUCACCACCCGGCCUUCCUCAUAUACCCGUGCAUCUACUGCGUGACGGGCACGCCGCUCAUCGUAGGCUCCAUGGUGCCGUCGUUUGAGCAGAACAACAUUUUCAUGGCCGUGGCGGCAGUUUUGCUGGCCACGACGGGUCUGAUGGACGCCAUCCUCUGGUCCAGCAUCAUUCUGUUCAGCAAAAAGGAGGAUCUAGCCGAGAUUGGUCUCGACAAGUUCACCUUUAUGCGUACACCCGAGGGGCGCACCCUGGGAAAUAUCGUGUUUGUGCAAGGAGGCAAGGCCAGGGAUAGCCGCAUAAAUCCCCAUCGACAGUCAUGGCACUCGAAGAAAGACCAAGGCUGGUGGCGGCUGGGGGACAGGAAUAGUAGUCAACCAUCGUUGCCUCAGUAUGGGCACGACGGGGACUUGGAUGGUGGCAUUCAGAUGCAGAUCAUCACGAGUGUCGUGGUUGAGGAACAUGAUCGGCCAAAUCAGUCUCGUAAUUAUAGGAAGUCCUCGGAAUCACAGAUAUGA